AGCACUUUUGAGUUCAUCUUGUGAACGUCAUCAGCUUCACGACACUUUAAUCAGCGUAGUAUUCUAGUCACUAGCAAACAAGAGAGUGCUUUGGUGUCUCACUCCUACCUCAAAAUAAUUCCUCAUCCUCAUCCUCAUCUCUCGCAUCCCUCUGCCGGUAGCGAGAGCAACACAGCGCAGCCAUGGCCAGCGACGAUCAGCGGGGGCUCCAUUAUGAACAAACGUUGAUGUAUGGUCGCUACACACAGGAGUUGGGGGCGUAUGCUAAAGAAGAGGCAGCUCGCCUGAGGGAGGAGGGGGUGCGGAGGCCCUCGGUCACAGAACGCUCACGCUCCCUGGAACUCCUGGAGAAUGACAAGGGCUGCUGCGCCAAGUGUCGCAUCUGUACGGUGCGGUGUCAGAAGUUCCUCAUCUCUUGUGUUGGUGAAGACUGGAUCUUCCUCAUCCUCCUGGGUCUAUUCAUGGCUCUGCUCAGCUGGCUGGUCGACUUCGGUAUCGGCAUCUGUCUACAAUCACAGAAGUGGAUGUAUGUGAACCUGGAGAGUAAUGUGUUUCUCCAGUACCUGGCCUGGGUCACCUAUCCUGUGGUGCUCAUCACCUUCUCAGCUGGCUUCACACAGAUACUGGCCCCACAGGCCGUAGGUUCAGGUAUCCCAGAGAUUAAGACCAUUCUGAGGGGUGUAGUGCUGAAAGAAUACCUCACCUUUAAAACCUUUGUGGCCAAAGUCAUCGGUCUCACGUUUGCCCUGGGCAGUGGCAUGCCUCUGGGCAAGGAGAGUCCAUUUGUUCACAUUGCUAGUCUUGGUGCUGCACUUCUCUGCAAGUUCAUGUCUCUGUUUGGAGGAAUCUAUGAGAAUGAGUCGAGGAACAUUGAGCUGUUGUCAGUUGCCUGUGCUGUGGGGGUGAGCUGUGUUUUCGCUGCCCCUAUUGGAGGUUUGCUGUUCAGUAUUGAGGCAAUGUCUACUUUCUUCACUGUGAGGAACUACUGGAGAGGGUUCUUCGCUGCUACCGUCACUGCCUUCAUGUACAGAGCCCUGGCCGUGUGGAACAGAGACGAGGUGACCAUCACAGCUCUGAUGCCAACCAAUUUCCGUCAGGACUUCCCCUUUGACCUCCAGGAGCUCCCAGCCUUCGCUAUCCUUGGUAUUGCCAGUGGUCUUGGCGGGGCAUUGUUUGUCUGCCUGAACAGACAGAUAGUCCAGUUAAUCAGGAACCAGAAGACCAUCAAAAAGUUCCUCAUGAAGAAGCGUCUGCUGUACCCAGCCCUGGUCACUCUGCUUGUGUCUACGCUAACGUUUCCCCCCGGCUUCGGACAGUUCAUGGCAGCCAAGCUGACCCAGAUGGAGUCCCUGGAGACAUUGUUAGACAACCAGACGUGGUCCAAGCAGGGCAUACCCGAGGAGUUUGACAGCGACAGCAACUCUCAGGCCUGGAAACAACCCCAGGUCAACGUCUUCGUCACCCUCACCCUCUUUGUCGUCAUGAAGUUCUGGAUGUCUGCUCUGGCCAUGACCAUGCCUGUGCCCUGUGGAGCCUUCAUGCCUGUCUUCGUCAUUGGGGCAGCGUUUGGUCGUCUGGUCGGGGAGAGCAUGGCCACCUGGUUCCCUGAUGGCGUCCACUCUGAUGGCACCAUCUACCCCAUAGAGCCAGGAGUGUACGCAGCCGUAGGUGCGGCGGCCCUGUCUGGAGCAGUCACUCACACAGUGUCGACGGCAGUUGUUGUGUUUGAGCUGACAGGUCAGAUCAGCCACAUCCUGCCGGUGAUGAUAGCGGUGAUACUGGCCAACGCCGUGGCCCAGUCCCUCCAGCCCUCGCUAUAUGACUCCCUCAUCAUGAUCAAGAAACUACCUUACCUCCCUGAGCUGGGCUGGGGCCACCAUGAGAAGUAUAAUAUUUGUGUGGAGGACAUCAUGAUCAGUGAUGUGAUGUACAUCACCCUCAACUGCUGCUACAGAGACCUGCAUGAUGUACUGCUGUCCGGACACCUCAAGACCCUAGCCCUGCUCGAGUCCAGUGAGUCGAUGAUCCUGCUGGGUUCUAUUGAGCGUGCCCAGCUCCAGGCCCUCCUGUCCCUACAGCUGGGCCGGCCACGGAGGCUGAAGUACCUGAGAGACCGGGCCACAGCUGAUAAGCGCCUGUCGGUGGUCUCCCACCCAAGCAGCGAGGACGGCUCCACCAUGGUCAACCAGGAGGUCCACUUCCAGGUCAAUAAGAUCUCCACAGAGGAGUCUUCCCUCAGUUCCACUCCUACCCCCUCCAUGAAGCCACUGAAGCCGGCCCUAAAGAGACCCUCUGUGGUGGACCGCCCUACUGAGAUACCCAUGCCCACAAGUCCACAGGACCACUCUGGCAGCACCUUGAAGAACCUCUUCCGUGUCAGACCUGAUAUAGAAGGCCUGGAGGAUGACUUCGAUGUGGAUGAUGACAUGACCAUCAGAGAGAUUGCAGAGUGGGAGGAGAACCAGCUUGACGAGCAGGUGAACUUCGACAACUGCAUGAUCGACCCCGCCCCCAUCCAACUGGUGGAGAGCACCUCACUACAUAAGACCCACACCAUCUUCUCUCUGCUGGGGUUGGACCAUGCCUACGUCACCAGCAUUGGACGACUCAUCGGAGUGGUGUCCCUCAAAGAGCUGCAGAAGGCCAUCGAGGGCUCUGUGGCAGUGAAGGGGGUGAAUGUGCGCCCCCCUCUGGCCAGUUUCCGGGACAGCGGCACCAGUGGCACCAUUAUGAACAACGAGAACAAAGCCAGAGAUCUCCACAAGCUGUGGAACCGCCGAAAGUUGAUGUCCCUCCCCCAGGAGCACCAAGCCUCCGACUCUGACGAGAAGUCCAAGUGAGGUGGACGGGGAUAGGUUGACGGGGAUGUGGACGGGGACGAGGAUGAGGACAGGUGGACGGGGAUGGGGACAGGUGACACAGGGAUGGGGACAGGUGUGUUGGCGAGGAGUUGGAGGAGCAUUGACCCCCUCUAACUCAAAACCACAACCGAUGCUGCAAACUCAUGGCUUGGAUCAAUAUUUAAUUCUGGACUAGAGUUCUCUCCUCUUACUCCUCUCCUAACCUUCCUCUCCAUCCCUCUCUCCUUUACCCCUCCUCCCGGUUGGCCUUUGGGCCCUGCAGUUACUCAGCUCUUAUAGAGGAGGGAUGGAUUCACCCUGCGCUUGGCCCAACCAGAACAGAAGAGAUCUGGGUGUUAGGGAGGGGAGAGGAGAGGAGAGGAGGGAUGGGUUAAGGUGUCACUGCUUAACAAAGGUGGUCAGAGCAAAAUGUAUAGAAUAUGCGUGGUUUGACUAUAAAAGGAAUUGCAUUUUUAUACACACUUUGCUGACUUGGCUAUUGGUCUGACUUUGAGAGGAAAUUUAAAAAAGAAAAUCCUAUGUGUAAUACCCUCUCAGAAAAUACAGUCUCAAACACACACGCACAAGUUUUAAUAAGAGCCAGUCUGCACACAAGACAAUGGAGUUUUCUCUAAAAAUAGCUCUUUAUAACCUUGAAGAGAAGAAGAAGGAGAGGGGGAAGAGGGAGAGUGAAAAAGGCUAAAAUAUGACAAUAUGAAAGCGUUUUCUGUUAUCUAAUCUGCUGCUUUAGGGUGUUCUCCCCCCAAUAGAACCCAGGGUAGCUUUCUGGUUGGCCAACUUCACAUCCCCACUCUAUAUGUUCACUAUCCAGUAACACUACGGUGAUCAGAGUAAGGUCGGACCCAGACCACAUAGAACCAGUUUAAAUAAUGCUGACCAGUAGCCAACUGACUGAAACUAGAUAUCUGAACUAACUGACCAAUGAUCAAACACUACAGCCCAUCCAUACUGACCAAUUAGAAGCUGUCAGCAUUACCGAUCGAUGAUCUAUACAUGACCAAUGAUAAAGCACUCCAUUCCUACUACAGUAUGAGUUAUCAAUAGUCCUACUGAUAUAUAGAGCUGCCUAGAGGAGGUCUGGUUAGAUGAUUAAGAGUCUGACCUCUUGAUUUUGACUUAUUCAUGUAUUUUCCUCAUGACAGUCGCUGGCUUAAUGUGCUGCAUAGUUUCCUUAGUUAUUUGAAUGACUAAGGAAACCACUGCUUGGUGUGGAUUUCUGCCAGCGAUGUAAAGAUGUCUGCUCACAUAUGCAAGCUCAGAUGGUUGUGGUUUUACACAUUCAUAUGCCUUAUUCAGUGACACAUUGAAUUAAAAAGUACACACACACACAAGCACACACACACAGUAUUGUACACCCUUGUUGAGAUACACAAUUCAGUCCCAUUCAAAAUCCUAUUUUCCCUAACCUUAACCCUAACCCUAGCUCCACACCCUAACCUUAACCCAAAAACCUAACCUUAAACCUUUUUAUUUUUAUUUAUUAUUUAUUUAUUAUUUUUAUUAAACCUAACCCUAGCUCCUAACCCUAGCCCAAAUUCUAACCCUAACACUAAUUCUGACCUUAACCCUAAACCCCCUAGAAAUGGCAUUUGACCUGAAAACAGGACCAACAUAAUGUCCCCAGUUGGUCAAAAAAUGUUUUGGACAAUUCUUGUGAGGACUUCUUGUCCCCACAAGUAUAGUUAGACACGUCCACACACACACAUACACACACACACACUGACUGACAUUUCUGCAACCUGGAUGUGUUAUUGCAUAAAUACGUUUUAAUUUCAGUGGUGAGUUCUUGCCUUGUUCACCGCCACUGAAAAGAAAACACACACACACACAUUAACAUCUUCACAGACUGACAUGCCUGUCCUGACAUGCAGAGAGAUGCACACAUAUGAGAAGUAUGCUGUUGUGUAUAUCAUUUUAAUGGACAAUAUCAUUAUGAUAAUGGCAAAAAAAAAUGAAUAUGUUUUUAUUCUUGUUUAUUUUGUAUCUUUUCUCAUUGAAUUAAUUUUGAUCUAGGUUUGAUUGGCAUCAUUCAUUCAUUCAAUGAGCUUUAAUCAUGGCUUAUUUUGGGAAAGGGGCAGUGGUGUAAAGUACUUAAGUAAAAAUACUUUAAAGUACUACUUAAGUAGUUGUUUUGGGUAUCUGUACUUUACUAUUUAUAUUUUACUUUUACUUCACUACAUUCUUAAAGAAAAUUAUAUACUUUUUACUCCAUACAUUUUCCCUGACACCCAAAAGUGCUCAUUACAUUUUGAAUGGACACGAAAAUUGUCUAAUUCACACACUUAUCAAGAGAACAUUUCUGGUCAUCCCUACUGUCUCUGAUCUGGACUCACUAAACACAAAUGCUUCGUUUGUAAAUUAGGCCUGAGUGUUGAACUGUGCCCCUGGCUCCUUAAAUUAAAAAAAAAACAAGAAAAUGGUGCCGUCUGGUUUGGUUAAUAUAAGGAAUUUGAAAUGAUUUAUACUUUUGAUACUUAAGUAUAUUUUAGCAAUUACAUUUACUUUUGAUACUUAAGUAUAUUUAAAACCAAAUAUUUUUUUACUUUUACUCAGGUAGGACUUUACUGGUUGACUUUCACUUUUACUUGAGUCAUUUUCUAUUAAGGUAUCUUUACUUUUACUCAAGUAUGACAACUGGGUACUUUUUCCACCACUGGAAUGGGGAUGGGGCUUUUUGGGGAAUGUGUGGAUUUAAAACUUUGCUAUAGGUUUACAGAUUUAACAUCAUUGCUGUAAUACAUGAUUGUUAAUUUAAAAUCUAACUGAUCUACAUUGCUAUCUAUCGAGUUGCUCUUCCUGCAACUCCUUUUUAGUUUUUGUUGCGUAUUGCUCUUCCCUGUCUGAUUGUUAUAAAAAGGUCCAAGGUUCGAUGUUUUUCCAGCCUUGCAGCAUGUACCCAACAUUUCUACAAUGUUUAUAAAUGUAAUUUGAAUAAUGCAAGUAACACUAUAAAGUAAGCAGAAUGAGACCCACUACCUGAAGUAACAGGAACAUUUAACCAACGUUUGUAGAAUGUUUAAAGGACCCACGGGUGUUCUCGUGGUCUGUAUGACAUCGUCAUUUCACAAGUGCCUACAUCAUCCUGGCCCCUGCAUGGUAACAGGGGUAGGAUAGGUUUUCUCUGUAAAUGAAUGUGGUGAGUUUGAGGGAUAGAAAUAACUACCCAUGUCUCUGCAUUUGGUCACACACACACAUACUCUGCACCACCUCAACAUCAGCAUUACGUGAAAAUGGCGCAUUUGUUAUGUUUUGUAGUAACAAAAUAGAGGAAGAUAAGUGUUUCCAAUGACAUCAUGGGUUUGUGCCGUGUGAUUUUAGCAAUUAUGAGUAGACAUUGCUUACUGUGGUGGAAAAACCAGUCAUAAGGCAGUCCAAUCUCAAUAUUCAAAAGCUUUAUUUGAACAUGCAUGGGAAAACAAUUCAACUCGCUCUUUGUUCUCACAGAAUGAGGAUGGGUGGGGUGUUACACAUGCACUACGAAUGAGUCCGGUCCUUCUGCUCAUCACCACAGAUAGUAAAGGAAAAAUAACGACUAAUCAUACCAAGGACAUGACCACUCCCCCACACAUCCUGGGAUAGCAGGAGCUAUGAAAGAUCGUUUCACAGAAAGUUAGAAACAGUUAUAAAACAGACUACAAAAAGGCAAAUGGACAACUUUCUGUAAGAAUUAUCAAUCUAAGAGAAACAGGAUGACCUGUCUCUUCUUCAGGCCAAAUAAGAUAACAAAUUACAUUUUCUUCCACACUACUAAUUGUCUACUAAUUGGUUGAUGAUGUCAUUGGAAACACUUAUCUUCCUCUCCUCUGGAGAUGAUGAGUAUGAAGUUGAAAUGUCCCUUGAAUACACAAUUGGAGCAAUGAAUGUGUAAUUACACAUCCUCUUGCUGAAAGUUAUUCUACAUGGUGUAACUACUGAUGUUAUUACACAUUUUCUUGUUUAACUAUGUAAGUAAUGUUUUGUAGUUACACAUUUGAAAAUCACCUGUGAAUUACUAUGUUAAUAACUCUAACCAACAUCUGACCUUGUUACAUGUAACUACAAGGUGCCACUACCAUCGAAUCCACAUGUAAUACCAAGGUUGAUAAAUAGGCUAGGACCUGGUAACAACAAUUGUAACAAGGCACUCCCUGUCAUUAACUACUGGUCAUUUUCAAUUAGUUUAUUUCUAUGUUAUGAGCUGGCUCAAAGGCUAUACCAAAUCAAGUGUAAUGUAAGAACAAUGUAGUUACAUAGGUUACCAGGAUAUUGCUGGCUCUAUGGCUCUGGACAAGUAUUUGUUGUUGUUUAUGAAAGUAACCCGUUUUCUCUCUCUCAGGUCUACCCAGUGUGUUCAGUUUGGAGUUUUUUUGGGGGGGGGGUCUAUCUGUAUCCUGGUCUGAACUUUUCUUUGACCAGGAUGUACUGCGUAUGUAAUAAACCAAACCCCAUGUUACUUACUUUAAUAUGGUGCAAUGUUAAAGAUACAUUUUGUAUUUUUUUAUGCAUUUUCUUUAUAAAGGUCAUCCAUUUAUAUAUUAUUAGGCGGCAGGUAGCCUUGUGGUUAAGAGUGCCCUGACAGUAGCCCAAAGGUCGCUGACAUCUAUAAAUGUGCCCUUCACCAAGGCACUUAUCCAUAGUUGCUCUGGAUAAGAGAGUCUGCUAAAGGACAGAAAAUGUAUGUAACAAAAUGUAUUAAUUCAUCAACACCUAAACAAACCAAUAAAAAAUGUACUGAAAUCGAAUCAUAAAUGUUUUAUCUAUCG